CGUAUAUAUACAAUGUUUGUUGAUUCAAGUUUAUUCUUUGCUUACUUACUGUAUGCACUGAAAUGACUGUUUUUUUAAAAAUUUUGAUGUGUUUCAUAACCUUUUUGUGGAAGAUUAAUGGGUAAUGGCAAUAUACGACAUGCUGAAUGAACUUAUUUUUGUUGAUUUAGAUGUGUUUCUCAAAAACCGAUCUGUUUUACAUUUUGUGUAAACUUUUGUUUAUGAACCGUAUAUAUACAAUGUUUGUUGAUUCAAGUUUAUUCUUUGCUUAUUAGUUCCGUGUGUCUGUAACAGGCAAAGUGGAUAUGUUCAUUUUCCUUUAAUCUUACCGAAAUUUUCUUUGAAGUAACCGAAAAAUGCAUGUCUAAUAUGCUAAAUUUUCUGACGGUACGGCGCGACGUCAAUAACACCACUUUAACGUCAAUAUCCUAUAUUAAAUUAAUGAAGCCGUUACAGUGCACUUAAAACUUUGAGGCCAAAUAACUUGGAAACGAGGUGGUGACGUCAAUGAUUUUUCACUGCGUGGGUAACUAGGGACCACCUGGGACCAAUUUGGGUAAGUUUCCCAAACCUGGAUCCCCGAAUCCGUUUCGGAAUGGACGGGUUGAUGACGUCAUCACAAAACCUUCAAAUCCCAAUAUUUCUGCAACCGUUUGUCAAAAGUGCACGUUCCUAUACAUUUUCUUGAUCAGCAUUUCAAGAUCUAUACGAUAAAUGCAACGGGUGUACGAAUUUGUGAAGAAAUUUUUUUUGGAACUUUUGAUAGGGACUUUGCUGACGUCAGCAAAAUUUUAAAGCCCUUAAAUCUCCUUAGGCGUUUGUCAAAAACAUAGGAUACUAUACAUUUUCUUGAUCAGCGUUUCAAGAUCUAUACGAUGAAGGCAACAGGUAUACAAAUUUCUAAAAAAAAGUUUUGGGGGGUUUGACUGGCCAUUGCUGACGUCAGCAAAAUUUUAAAACCCUUAUAUCUCAUUAACCGCUCAUCAAAAGCACAUGAUCAUAUACAUUUUCUUGAUCAGCAGUUUAAGCUCUACACAAUAGAGGCAACGUGGAAACACAGUUCUACUUUUUUUUGUGGAUGGGUUGCUGACGUCAUCAAAAUUUUUAUUCUGCCUCAGUGGAUUUUUCCACGGGCUUUAUCGACUGAAAUUUCAAAUCGGAAAGAUCGCCGCUCACUAAAUCAGUGACAUUUUCAUCAUUUCGAAUUUCACUAUAAAAAACGGAAGUAUAGCGCUGUUACAAUAAAGUCAUGAAAACCAUAAAUUAAAAAAUAAAACAAUAUAAUCAAACUUGCAACAUACCUUGCUAUUUUCACUUUUUCGGCUGAUUUUUCUGUGAAUGCUCUUAACUUUGUUUCUUUCUUGUAUACUAUUUUUAUGAAAUCGAAUGUUGCAAAACAUUCUUUUAUUUCCGAUCGAAUAAUUUCACGGGGGUGAAUGUAAAAUGAAUUCAUUAACAAUACAUUUUAUUACCUGUUGUUAUCAAUUUUCAAUAUUUCAUUCUUUUUUUUAAAUAUAUAAUGCUUUUGUAAAAGCAGAUAGUUUAGAUUUUUGUUCUUUCGAAACUAAAUAUGUUACAUUUGAACAAACAACACAAACCCCCGUGUUCUUAUUCGUGAGCUAAAUGUGGUAACGCGGGAGUUUCUACAGCUGGAGGAGGGAUAAAAAACAGGUUGCAAUGAAUGUGCGAAAGAAAAUUUAUCGAAAAUGAGCUCAAAGAAACCGAUGAAACUCGUUCUAUCUCCAGCUAAAAAAAGUAAGCAAGAAGUGAAAUGUAUUAUACACAACAACAAUUACAAGAAAGAAACAAAGUUAAGAGCAUUCACAGAAAAAUCAGCCGAAAAAGUGAAAAUAGCAAGUGAAAUUCGAAAUGAUGAAAAUGUCACAGAUUUAGUGAGCGGCGAUCUUUCCGAUUUGAAAUUUCAUCAGAAAUGUUUAGAUGCGUAUGUCCACCCAAAAACAUUAGCUACCAUACAAAAGAAAAAAGAAAAAGCUGAAGCAAGCGACGAUGAAACGGGAGAUGUUAACGACAUAGAAGAACAACAACCAACUUCAACUAUCCGAAUGUCACAGAGAAAGAGAGGCAGAACAGGUCAAUCACUUGCCAAGCAAGAUGAGUGCUGUAUCUGCCAAAAAAGAAAAACGAGUACAACAGGUAGUGGCUACGAAAAACUCAGCAAGUGUAUAACGGAAAGUUCUGCUCUCACGCUACAGACUGCAGCCCUACAAAAUGGGGCAAAUGAUGAGUUGAUAGGAUAUAUUUCUGGUCGCGAUUGGACGGGAAUAGUUGCACUUGAAUUGCGAUAUCAUGUAACAUGCUAUCGAGCUUUCACCAAGCCCGUUAAAACACCUUCUGCAAUCACUCAAGUAGACAAAGAGGCAUUGCAGCAUAAUUUCGACUUUGUUGAGCUACAUGCUCUAAAUAAAUGCGAAGUGCUACUACUGAAGGAUUUGGUUGACAUUUAUAACAAGCAUUCCGUAAAGGGCGGUAUCACCGAUCGAACUAUGUUGAAAUAUGUUACGGAACAUUUCACCGAUGAUAUCGGAGUUUGGCAACCUCGGUAUGGAGGGACAUUUAUUUUUUCUGAAAAAAUACCUAAGGGGCUUAUAAUUGAUGUACGGCGACGGAAUCUUAUUGAUCGUGAAAGCCAAAAGCAACGUGAUACUGACAUUGAAAUUAUCAAAAUAGCAGCUGAAAUAAUAAGAGAAGAGAUCAGAAACAUGCCGUUCACAUAUCCUAUUUGGCCACCGACAGAAAGAAGCAUACUAUCCGAAAGUACUAUCAUUCCACCAAAGUUAAAUCAAUUAAUUACAUCUAUUGUGAGCUCGAUACCUCAACCUCACAAACGGAAACAGACAACUAUAACUUCGAUAUGUCAGGACAUUAUAUAUAGCGCUUCAAAUACUAAGCACAAAACUUCAAAACAUGUAUUAUUAUCGCUUUGUACAAAAAGAAAAACGGGCUCGAAAGAUUUGGUUAAAUGGUUGAACAGAUUUGGACAUUGCAUAUCAUAUGACGAAACUGCAUACCUGGAAACAUUUUUAGCCAACGAAGAAAUAAAAAAUCAAAUGGUGAAGUUUUAUGUACCCUACUCCGUACAACCAUCAUCAUUCAUAACAUUUGUUUGGGAUAACAAUGAUAUAAACCCGGAAACUUUAAGUGGAACGUCGAUGCAUUGUACCAAUGGCAUAAUAGUUCAAUUGAGAAGAGAUGAUAUGGUUGAUUUUGAUAGCGAACGCAUAAAUUACGCAAAGCCACCAAGAAGAAGAUCGUUCAAAUAUAUACCUGAUCAGCUGGAAGAGUACACUACCAAGAAAAGAUUCAACCCUAUUUCAAUGAAAAAUGUUCGUCUUGACUCUAUCGAAGAUCAUUUAUCAACUUCCGCUUGUACCGAGUCCAUAUGGGCCUUGUUACGCUUUCAAGCGAAACAAAAUAAUGUUCCACAGUCAAUACCUGCAUGGACCGGCUUCAACUAUUUGCUUGAUGGUGAAGUCACACAUCAAACUCAUGAAAUAUCGUAUUUACCAGCGAUUAAUGAUUCUCCUACUAAGAUGGAUGUAGUUAUGGAGCUUCUGGUUCAAUCGAAAGUAAAAGCUGAAGCAUUAGGAUUGCUAGAAACAGACGUUGUUCUAGAUCAAGCUAUAUAUGCUAAAGCCGUAGAAAUUCUUCAAGAUCCUGCCAAUGUGGAGCUAAAAACUUUCAUUUCACUGAGGAUGGGAGCAUUUCACACUUCGUGUAUUUUCAUAGCUGUAAUUGGUAAGCGGUUCGCCGAUGGUGGUUUGCGUGACUUGAUUAUUGAAUCUAACAUAUUGGGUGAGUGUUCCUUUGUUUAUAUAAGUCCCAUGAAUUUGAGAGAAGUACGACCUGCACCAGAUGCUCUAUUGGAAAUGGUUUCUUGCUCUUGCCGUAAGUCAUCAUCUUGCGCCAAAGAAACUUGUGUUUGUAGCUCGUACGAUUUGCCUUGCACAGAUUUAUGCUCCUGUAACUGUGUUGAUCAAGGAUCAGACAAUGACGAGAUAAUUCUCGAAAAUGAUGUUGAAGUCGAUAGUUCUGAUGACGAAAGUGAGGAUGACACAGAAGAUGAAGAAACUUUAUUUUCAGAUUAA